AUGGAUAAUACAGAGCGGAGCACCCAGAAAGCUGCCAUCGUCGUGCGAUCAUCUACCGGAUUUGAUUUCGACAUUCGUUCAGUACCGAUCCCAGAACUUAAGCCCUGGGAAGUUCUCGUCAAACUCUCCGUAACUGGUGUUUGCGGGACGGACAUCUCUCUUGCGGCCGGCCAUGUUGGCCUAACUUGCGAUAUUCUUGGCCAUGAGGGUGUCGGCCGUGUUGUCAAACUCGGAAGCGGUGUUGAUCCUGAUACCGUCAAGGUUGGCGACCGUGUCGGCAUCGCAUGGGUACGAGAUGUCUGCGGUCGAUGCCCUUGCUGCCGCGAGCCGGGUGGCGAGACUCGAUGCCUCGAACAACUCAACUCGGGGCGCAAGUUAGACGGCACGUUUGCCGAGUAUUGCGUUGCGCCAAGCCGAUAUCUUCUCAUCAUCCCCAAUGAUGCCAAGCUACCCGAUGAGUAUGUUGCGCCUGUCCUUUGCGGCGGAGUGACGGCCUACAAGGCUCUCAAGACCUGUGGCGCAACUCCUGGGGAAUGGGUGGCUAUUGUCGGUGCCAGUGGAGGUGUAGGUGGGUUGGCGGUCCAAUACGCGAAAGCCAUGGGUUAUCGCGUGGCUGCCGUCGAUGUGGGAUCUGCAGGGAAGGAGUUUUGCCUACGCUCAGGCGCUGAUGAGUAUUUCGAUGCCCUUGAUGGAGGGACGAUCACCGCUCUGAAAUCUCUUACGCUUAAUAGAGCUGGUGUCAAGGCUUCAAUCGUCACAGCUGGGUCUGGAAAGGCAUAUCAGAACGGUCUCGAUAUGUUGAGUGUCUUUGGAACGCUUGUUUGCGUUGGAAUACCUCCCCCGCCAGAAGUCCUCAGCUUCCACCCGCUAGUAGUCAUUGAUCGCGGAAUACGGAUCAUUGGCACCCUAGUUGGUACGAGGACAGAAACCAUCGAAGCUUUGGAGUUUGUCCGGAGAGGUGUGGUUAAGCCAAUCACCAAUACAAUUCACCUCGAAGAUCUCCGAGAUCUUUCUAACAGGCUUGCCACAACAACCGGGAAAUUUGUCAUUCGGCUUUAG